GCGUUCCGCGCGCUCGUCUUUCCCUCUCCGGCAACGGCGCGUGCUAAUACACGUCACACGGCUCUGACUCGUGACAGCAGCUGCCGCACGUGCGCAUGGCGAUGGUGGGGGCGCCAAGGCGGUGGAGGGGGCGGCCAACAGUGCGGGCCGUGCAGCAGCUGGCGCAGUGGGCAGUGGACCAGCACAACAAGAAGCAG